CUUCCCCACUUCAACAUUUCGCCUUUCUCAACUAUCGGACGCAAGGCUCGCCUCGUCCUGGAUCAUUGUAGUCCACUAUGACGGAUGCCGUAUCGCAGGAAACACUUCGUUUGCUGGAGCGGGCUAUUCCGGUUGUACGGGCAAGUCAGUACAUGACGCUUUCUGGUUGCUCCCUUCUGUUGUAUGAUUACUUUUUAACACUAAACCAAGAGAUCGAACUUAUCUGGAAGGCUCCUUUGAGCACCAUCACGUUAAUCUUUCUUGUAAAUCGAUAUACAAUCCCUUUGAUAUUAGCGGUCGACAUAUACGAUCGUCUUGGACUUGCAAAUCCUCCUAGCGUUGCUGUUUGUAAAGUAUGGGUAUGGCUCGAAGGGUACCUGACGGUUGCCUCAUUUAUGAGCAUGCAUGCUCUCGUUGCUAUGCGUGUCCAUGCACUGUUUGGCGGAGGGAAACGCGUGAAGAUGAUGCUCUGGGCCGCAUGGAUUGUGUAUGCGGUCCUUACGCUUAUCCUACUAAGUGUGGGCCUUUCACACGGACAAUCGUCACUGACGGUCGAGCCAUAUUUCAACACAUGCUAUGAAGAGAUUUCGUCAAUCUUAUGGACCGUAUGGCUCCCCAGUAUAUUCCUGGAGAGCUUGAUGUUCACCAUGACGACUCUCAAAGCGAUCCGCGAGGCACGACAGAACUUAUACCAUCCUAUAUCGUCGAUUCUCUAUCGGGAUGGGAUACUGUACUUCCUUGCCAUUUCUGUGGCAACAUUUUUCUCAAUGUUCGUCUGGUUGCUUGGUUCGGCGGAGUACGAAGGUCUCGCCAAAUACUGGGCAACGGCGGUGGUAAACGUAGCGGGCUCUAGACUUGUGCUAAGCCUCAAGACUAAUGCACGCGCGUUGCAAUCUUCACGAGCUCAGACGGCAGUAGGGCAGUCGAGUAGCUUCGUGAUUGGCACGAUGGGUACCUACUUCGACCGGCCACUCUCAGACAGCUGCGGGUUUUCAGAUGACUGCCUCAUUCAAUCCGACGAUGAAAUGAUGAUGUACGAGCUACCCCAGUUAGGUUCAGUGUACCCGGAGGCUACCCAGACGCACUGGGAAGCGAUAUGAAUUUGUGGCUUUACAGCUUUCCUUCGUUGCUUUCACUUUCUUUCUCUGUCCCUUUCUUCUGUCUGGUUCUGUCACCAACAUUCUUUGUUCUUGGUUUUCGUUACUGUGAAGGUGGAAAAGGUGUAACAAUUAUCUGUAUUUUAGACCGACUGAAAACCUCCUGUAUCCAAAAGUGCUGUGAAAUCCC